AUGGCCAAUAAUCCCACUUUCAAACCAUCGCCAUUGUCCUUUGGGUCUCCGAGGGCAUCGCCCUUCCGGAGACCCUCUACGCCGAAUUCCCCGCCCUCUGCUAAUCGUGGAGGCAAUACCCCAGGAAGCUCGCCUGGUCGAGGCUAUACCCCUAUGGUCUCACCAAGCAAGCUCAAUCAGACAUACACAGUAGAGGAUGGUGGAUCGCAAUCUCCCAAAAGCCGAUCUCCAAUCGCUCAGCCCAACUUUGGCAGAGAGCUUCCUCCCUCACCGACCAAAGGAGCACGGUCUCCAGGGAACUUGUCCCCGAUUGCCAGUAGCAGGACUACUGGUUUCACAGGUCCUGCUGGAGAUGCAGCUGCAAAGCUCCUCCCACACCAAGUAAGGGAGAUCAGAGAGGCGUUCCAAGUAUUGGACCGAGACAACGAUGGCUUGGUCAAUAAGGAUGAUGUUAUUGACGUGCUUACAACUUUGGGCCAAGACUCGUCGCCGUCCACGGUUUCGCGCUUCUUCCCGGCUACAGGAAGCCAAACUAUCAAUUUCCCAAAUUUCUUGAAUACCUUGUCCGCACUCAUGGCCUCGAUGUCACCUUCCCAGGAGCUUCUCAAUGCCCUGGCUGCAUUCGACGAUGACGAUGACGGUCAAAUUGACAUCACAGAGCUUCGGGAUGCUCUUUUACAUACGAGCCCAGAGGAUGGAGAGACACGAUUGAGCGAGAGGGAAAUCGACGAAGUAUUCAAAGGGUUUACCGGACGUCGAGCAUUUGCUGGAAGGGGUUCGAAGAGUGGAGGGAUGGGCAAGAGGGGCGAAGUCUUCCAGUAUCAUGACUUUGUGCGCAGCGUGGUCGGCGGAGAUAGCGGCAAUAAUGCGAAACGAGAGGGAGAUGCAGCACAGGCAUGA